CCUGCUCGCUGGAAGACUUUGAAAGACGAUUUAGACACGGACGUGAGAUUCACAGCUGAUGUGAUCAAAGAGCGGUUCUCGCCCAAAAAGAAGAGGGUGUCUAAUCAAGCUGAGCGAGGUAUCACGGACUGGACCCUGAAAGAUAUGCCAGACCCCCAGGGGCUUUAUCAGUCUGCUAUCAAACUUUAUGCCCUCGAGGAUGUUCCUGUCAUGGUUCCUAAUGUCCGUGACGCCGCGGGGGUGCUCAUGCACCCGUCAGAGUACACUCAGAAAUUCACUGGACCUGUGCCUGUCGUCGUGGAUGUCAAUUUACGACUCUGGACUUUUGGUCCUGACGAGAGGCGUCCGUACGGCUCUCGUGUGUACCAAACGGGACUGAGGUCGAUGAGGCUGCUGCCAACGACCGGUGCUGCCAAGGGCCUCUUCACCAAACCUGCUACCAAAGCUACAGAGGGCAAAGGGAAGCGCAAGGCCGACGGACCAGCGGGACAAGCUUCACCAGCGAAGAGAGGAGCAGGCCAGAGCAAGGCUGCUUGA